AGAGAGAGAGAGAGAGAGAGAGAGAGAGAGAGAGAGAGAGAGAGACGGAGCGUCCAGGCUGCUUUCCUCUCAAGCGGCUGUCCUCUCCGGUACCUGCUGCCAAAUGACAGAAGUUAUGAAGUCUUGACCUUGAAAAGGCCGUUUGUGGGAGGGGAGGAGUCUACAAUGACCUGACGUAACCCCACCCUCAUUCAAUCAGAGUGGAAAAGAGGAGGAGCAACGAUGCCUGACCCCGCCCCCUUACCUCCCAUCCCGCCUCUUGCCAUUCUGAACUGCACGGCAUCCACCAACUGCUCCCUCGGCAACCUCUCAGCCAUUGCCCACGCUGACGAGUGCCACGGUAACCAGUGGCUGUUUGUCAUUAUGGCCAUUGCGUACAGUGCUGUGGCCUUCCUGGGUAUUGCAGGCAACCUGGUACUCAUUCUGGUCAUCGCCCGCCAGCGAGAGCUCCACAAUGUUACUAACGUUCUGAUCGCCAACCUGUCUAUGUCUGACCUGCUGAUGGCAAUCAUGUGCUUGCCCUUCACCUUUAUCUACACCUUCAUGGACCACUGGGUGUUCGGCGCUGUCAUGUGCAAACUCAACAGCCUUGUGCAGUGCUGUUCCGUCUCCGUCUCCAUUUUCUCGCUAGUGCUGAUCGCUGUUGAGCGGCACCAGCUCAUCAUACACCCCCGUGGCUGGCGCCCCAGCCUGUCCCAAGCCUGGCUGGGUGUUGCCUUCACCUGGACGCUGGCCCUGCUCACCGCCACACCCUUCCUGGUCUUCUCCGUGGUGACGGACGCACCUCUCCGGCAGCUGCCGUCCAUCUUCCAAGAGCAUUACCGCGACAAGGUUGUGUGCGUGGAAGAGUGGCCGUCCCGUGAGUUCAAGCUCACGUACACCUCCGCCAUGCUGCUGCUGCAGUAUCUCGUGCCGCUGUGUUUCAUAUUCAUCUGUUACCUGAAGAUCUACGGCCGUCUGAGGCAGCGGAAGAGCAUGAUGGAGAGAAUGAGAGAGAACAAGUUCCGCAACCACGAGACCAAGCGCAUCAACGCUAUGCUCUUCUCCAUUGUAGUGGCCUUUGCCGUCUGCUGGCUGCCCCUCAACGUCUUCAAUGCAGUCAUCGACUGGAACCACGAGGUGGCUAUGAACUGCACCCACAACCCCCUCUUCUCACUCUGUCACCUGACAGCCAUGUGCUCCGUGUGCAUCAACCCCGUCUUCUACGGCUUCCUGAACCGCAACUUCCAGCGGGACCUGCGCACUUUCCGCCUCUGCAAGAGCCUGUCGGUCAGAGAGGAUGAGUACGACACCAUCGCCAUGUCAACCGUCCACACCGACCUAUCCAAAACGUCACUUAAACUCGGCAGUCCAGAAUUGUAGGAGAACAACCUGAGCUGUGUCUCAAAUAGCUGCUCUGGCCACAAGGGAGUGUACUGUCUGAGAUCAUCCACCUGGAUGCAAAUGUACUGCACAUAUCAAGUGGCAAAAGGUCUGAGUAAAUGACGGCUGCGUCCCAGAUCAGUCACAUACAUAACACUAGAGGCCUGGUUUAGUGAAGGUUUCAGCAUGUGCCGAUGUCAUGCUGGAGCAAACAGAGCAAAUGGGGCAGUGAGCGAUUGGAAGUUGUUAUUCUUCAGCCUUUAAUGGCGAUCCUGAAAUUGGAUCAGACCAUUUUAUGCUAAUUGGGAUUUCGGCUACCAAUAAGUAUCUUAAACAUCAAUUCUGCUAAAAAAUACCAUAGCCUGACAAUGGAAUUUAACCCAAGGGGGCUGCCAGAGGACAUGCCUUAGCCAGUACUUCUCUGAACAGCAGUCUGAAUCGUUGUGUAACUGUAACAAAUUGCACCAGCGAGGGAGACGCUAAGAAGGCACCAGGGGAUGGGCCUUUUAGAAGAGUUAGAUUCGAAGGUGAGGGACCCCAAAAGGUGCUCUUUUGUGUUGGACUUCUUUCAGGUAUCUUAAAACAGCUCGUCGGCCUGAAUGUCAAUCACGUAGAGAUGCUACAGCUACAGGAGUGGACUUGUUUCUUCGAUACUACUGCUCUGCUAAAUUACUAGGGUUGGAUUUUAGCGAACAAAAUUUUGUUGAACAACAUCUGACCACUAAAUUAAGAAGUGAUCGGAUUUGUUGGCAAUGUAUCUACAGCAGUCCCGUUUAGAAGAAGAUAAAACAUUUUGGGAAAUAAUGCUUAUCAAGCCGAAUGACCAUAAAAGGUUUGUUUUCUUGGUUUAGUAACACCAAUAUUAAGUGAUUUUCUUUAAAAACGUCAUCAAAACACACAUAUCAGAGCAGUGUUCCACUUAAGCUUAUGAAUAUGUUACUGUUGCGGAUUUCUGUGCACAGGUUCUUUCAGUAUAAAUGAAAAAAAUCGAUUAAGAGAGACACAGAGGAAUGUGCAAAAUACUGUUUUAAUUGGUAUUUGUCGUAAAUAACUAUGAAUGUAAAUGAAUUGAGUGUUGUGGUAUAAGAAAAAAAAUUAGCUUAGAAAUCUGAUUAUGUAUGAUUACUUGAAUAAUGUUAUUUAGAGACGUAUUGAGAAUAUUUUCAUAUAUUGGUGACAUCAUUCAUUGGUGAUGGAUUAUAUACUUAAUUGUAAGUAUGAAUUUAGAAAUGACAUACGAAUACUUAAUUUUAAGUAUUGAUUAGCAUAAUUUGGAUAUUCACUCAAGUCACUUUACCUUGAAAUGUUAAACAUACAGGGCCAGUCAAAAGUUUGGACACACUUGCUUAAAUAAGGGCUUUCCUUUUUUUUUUUAACUAUUUGUAAAUAGUAGGGACAGCGCCAAACUGUGAAAUAGCAUUGGUAUCAAAACUAUCUUAAACACAUACAUGAUUCUUAAAAGUAGCCCCCUUUUGCGUUGGCGCAGCUUUAAAACGCCUGCAUAACAAAAGAGAACCCAAAAAAACAAAGAAUAACAAAGUGUUUUUUUCCUUUAUUAAUUGAACAAAGUAAUACAACAUGUAUUUGUUGGAAAAAGUAUGUAUGUAACCUAUUCUUCAGCCCUGCACUUAGACUUGGAGGAAUUCUGGCCCAUUCCCCCUCAUAGAACUGCUUCACCUCUGUGAUGCUGGUAGGCUUUCUUGAAUGAAUGCCCAAUGUAGGUCCUGCCACAACAUUUCUACUGGAAUACGGUCUUGAUUUUGACAUUUCUUCUGUUUCAACCACGCUUGGUAGACUAAUUGGUGUUUUUAGAGUUGUUGUCUUUCUGCCGGACUGACCACCUGUUGAGGUUUAGUUCAUGGAUGGUUGCCCUAAAAGUCUCCUGUAGGAUUUCUUAAUAUAAUCCAGAAUUCAUAACUCUGUCGAAUGAUGGCAAGCUGUACUGGUCCAAUAGCAGCAAAACAGUCACAAGCUUCAUCUGAGAUGAGGUACUUAUGCUGGAAUGCAGUGUUCGUUUUUUGCCAAACCAAACUGAUUUAAGACAGAAAGCUCUACUUUUGCCUUCUUUGUCCACACAACAUUAUUUCAGUAGUCUUCUUGCUCAUCCAGGUGAUCUUUAGAUCACAAUGUUCUUCCAGGAGAGUACUAGAUUUCUCCAUGCUAUUUUUCCAUACAUACUGUUUUUGUUCAUUGUUUGCCUGAUUGUGGACUCAUGAACACUGACAUUAGCCAUUGUAAGAUCCUUAGAUGUUACUCAUUGUUAUGCAAUUGAUGAAACCUAAUAAUCCCCUGUGCCAAAGUGCUAAAUCUAAAGGUUCACAUACUUUGGGCAAUCAAAAUGUAGAAUGUUGGACUUCAUUCAAAAAACAAAUCAGAAACUAUAUAAUUGCUUAUCGCUGUUAUUGAAAUUUGUAAAAGCCUUUUAUUCUUUAUAUUGUGUGUAAAUUUCAUGAUGAAUGGACGGAAAGAAAUGGCCCAAAAUAACUUGAAAAAAAUCUGGUUCCACUGACUUACAUUAAAAGGAAACUAGGUUUUUUCCUUCUCCUGUGAAAUUGUCAUUUUGGAGAUACGAGGUAUUUUUGUUGGGUUCUCUUUAUCUAUUGUUAUGACAUCAAUGAGGAUCUAAAGUCAUUUUAGAUCAGAGUUUAGAUCAGAAAUUCACAUACUGCUAAAGGGCUCACAAUCUUUCAAGCAGAACUGUAUGCUGAGACCUUGCUGGGGGGCAUUUUAAAAUUGUAAAGCUAAAAGUUGUGUUUUGGAAACACAUUCAUACAUAGGCUUUAUUAGAAACAAGCCAAACUAAUACAUUCAAGCAUUUAAAGGAAAUUCCAUGAAUCCUUUUAAAUUUUUGAGGUAUAGUGAAUGGUUUGACUUGAAAUGCUCCGUUCUAGAGAAAUUUAUAGUCAGAAUUAUUCACAGUGGUGAUGAUAGAAACCAGACAUCUAAAGAGUUGAUACCUUUAAACGCUUCCUCACAGAAAGCUAUUAUAUGAAAUGGUCAUGAGUUAAAUGCCUGAUGCCUGAAUCAUUGCUGUAUAAAAUGUUUUGGCCCAAAACCUAUUCUUUACAAUGUUUUCAUGGCAGAGCGGUACAUGCAGGGCAUUGUAUGGCAGAGUAGUCCCCAAAGAAAAGCUAUUUGUCGUCAGAUUUACUGUUGAUCUUGCCAGUAUUAGUAAUGCAGACGAGACAUGUAAGUUCCCUCGUCUUUUUGGAUCGUAAAUAAAAUUGCUAUGUUUGAGGUCGACCCUGCUUCCUAUCACCACCAUUGUAAAGGAAUCAGAGUCUCUGGACAGUAAACCAUUUCCAAUCAAACUCUUCUACCACCUCGAUCAUGGAAUGGUUGAAUUCAUAAGCGUUCAGAUCAAAACGUCAAAGAUUUUGAAAAGCAUACAGCCAGGUGUGUCCGAGCAUUUGCCUGGUACUGUAGUUUAAGGAAAUUGUUCUAGUGUGUGUAUGGUCUGUGUGUGCAUAUCGCAGUGUGUAUGUUUAUAAGAGUUGGAGCGAUACAAUAACGUCCUUCUAGGUACUGAAUGGAUUCAAAGUAGAACUUAAAAUAUUUUUUUGUUGGCCAAAAUCUUACAACUAUACCUCAAUAUGUCAGUAUAGAAAACACUCCAUUAUAAAGUAUGUCUGCCGCCAGGACCAGCUUUGUUUACUACUAUCAGAAUUUUUGUGUAUACUGUACAUUUUAGUGGGUGCAGUGUCAUCGCUCUGUUUCGGAGUAAAACGCUUCUGCCCUCUUUUAAUUCAUGAGAACCAGCCGUCCGGUGGCUGCAGUUCACAUUUCACAAACAAGUAUCUUUAACUCUUUUGCAAGUAUUGCCCCACCAGUGGAGUUUGCCAUGGCUGGUCCCUUGAUAGUGUGGUCCCACCGGGGCGUUCAAGUAUAGUGUUACACCAUGCAGCCUUGAAUGUGAUUGUGACGCUUGCAGUAGACUUGUGUGUUAAUCUUCGUAGCCUUUACACCAGCGGCGACGCAAGCAGCACUCAUCUGUAUUUGUUAUAGAGUGUGUAAUUGUGCAAACAGUUAGCUUUGGCAACCUACCAGAUCCUCCUGCUAUAAAACAAGUUGAUCUAAUAUGUGCUGGUGAUAUUUUAUGCUUCAUGCUAUUCACCAGAUGCAAAGUGUACUGCAGGCUAGCCUUAGGCUAGAAUUAGCCAUAUGCAAAGUGCUUUUUUAUCUUAAAUACGGGCAUUAAACAAAUAUUGAAGGUUUAUAUGUGUGCUACUUUAGCUGCUUUCCCCCCCCUGAGAGAUAUACUGAUAAAACCAUGGAUGAAGUAAGUGUUUGCACUACAGCAGCAUUAUGCUAAAUGCUAAGCUAUUAUUCAGAAGGCCCAGAGAUGUUGCUAUAGUAACUCGCCAGUUACUACUCACAUAAUUAGAUGGAAAAUGCACCUUUGAGUAUUAAACACCACACGCAAUUGCUUACGUCACGUGUAACUGGCUGUCACUGGUUACUGUAAUAAUGGACAGAAUAGCAGGAUGAGUGAAGGCUAAAUGACAAGAAGCACCUUUCUUAGCAAUAGGUGUAGAUAUCUAGGACAAAAGGUUGAUGAAUGGUUUUCUGGUCACUUUUUCGCAGUAGUUACCUUUGUUUUCACCUCCAUUAUAACUGCUAACUAGAUAAGUAGCUUAUAGGAACUAGCACAGCUAUCACAGCUGACUGUCAGGAGAAUCAGUGGAGCAGAGCGAAUGCUGCGUCAUGCGUUGUGGUUUAAAUAUUGCUGAGACGAUAGCAUCUCCUGAAAAUGUGUGAUGAUCUGAGAGCUUGGUCUCUUAAUUAGAGAACUUUUAUGAUCGGAAAUCUGGAUUAAGAGAUGUUGAGGUGUCAGAGGCGUACUCUGGACACUGUUAACCAGUCGAGGUGCCAGUAUACGGACACUGAAUUCACAUCACAGGAAGCUAUAGGAAAUUCCGCUAAAAAUUGAGUGAUGUUUUGAAAUUUAAAGUGUUGUACGAGUGCCUUAAUGUGAGGAUAUUGCCAAGCGAACUAUGCUAACUAGUCUAGCCGACGUUAGCUAAGCCCAAAAACCACGAAUUUAUAUUUCUCUGACAAAUGAACGUGUUAACGGCAUGUCCGAUGAGGAGAAAAUACAGUAGAACACAAAAAGUCCUCAUUAGCAUGUAGUUCUGUUCCUAAUCAUAGUGUAUUUUUUUUCUUCCCUGCUUAACUGAACAUCCCUUUGUGAACUCUUUCAGAUACUCCAAUGUCAGUUGCACGUUGCUUGUUGGCUUGUUGUGUUAUUUGUACCUUCACAACACUGUUGCCAAUAACCGGUACCAGUAUCAGUAUCGAUGCGUUCCUGAAUGGGGAAGUCGUGGGCUGGAGGUUAGGGAGCUGGCCCUGUGACUGGAAGGUUGCUGGUUCGAUCCCCAGCACUGACAAUCCAUGACUGGGGUGUCCUUGAGCAAGACACCUAACCCACAGUUGCU